CCCGCCGGGACCCCCGCCGCCGCGCCCGCCGCCGCCGGGCCGGCGCCCUCCGGUUUCCUUCCUCCAGGGGGAAAAAAAUGUCCUUCGGGCCGCCGUCCGGGAAGCGGCAGCAUGUGGCGCUCCGCUGUCAGUAGCAACCAGGUCAGCGCCCCCUCUCCGCGUCUUGCCUCUUCAGCUCUCGCGCUCAGGUGGGACAGAGCCAGCUGCGCAAACCAUGCAGGAUGAUUUACUGAUGGACAAAAGCAAAACCCAGCCCCAGUCUCAGCAGCAGCAGCAGCAGCAGCAGCGGCAGCAGCAGCAGCAGCAACAGCUCCAGCCCGAGCCCGGCGCAGCCGAAGCCCCGUCCACGCCCCUCUCCUCAGAGACCCCCAAGCCCGAAGACAGUAGCGCAGUGCCGGCCCUCAGCCCCGCCUCGGCCCCGCCAGCCCCCAACGGUCCCGACAAGAUGCAGAUGGAGUCGCCGCUCCUGCCGGGCUUGAGUUUCCAUCAGCCCCCUCAGCAGCCGCCGCCGCCGCCGCAGGAGCCCGCGGCGCCCGGAGCGUCGCUGUCGCCGUCCUUCGGCAGCACCUGGUCCACGGGCGCGACGAACGCGGUGGAGGACAGCUUCUUCCAGGGGAUCACCCCAGUCAACGGGACCAUGCUCUUCCAAAACUUCCCGCACCACGUCAACCCGGUCUUCGGAGGCACCUUCUCGCCGCAGAUCGGCCUGGCGCAGACCCAGCACCACCAGCAGCCGCCGCCGCCCGCGCCGCAGCCGCCGCCGCCCGCGCAGCCCCCGCAGGCGCAGCCCUCGCAGCAGCGCCGCUCGCCCGCCAGCCCCAGCCAGGCGCCCUACGCGCAGAGGAGCGCCGCCGCCUACGGCCACCAGCCCAUCAUGACCAGCAAGCCGUCCUCGUCCUCGGCCGCUGCGGCCGCUGCGGCCGCGGCUGCCGCCUCCUCCGCCUCGUCCAGUUGGAACACGCACCAAAGCGUGAACGCCGCCUGGAGUGCCCCGUCCAACCCAUGGGGUGGCCUACAGGCGGGCCGGGACCCUCGCCGUGCCGUCGGCGUGGGCGUGGGAGUGGGUGUGGGGGUACCCUCCCCGCUUAACCCCAUCUCGCCGCUCAAAAAGCCCUUCUCCAGCAAUGUGAUCGCGCCACCCAAGUUCCCUCGUGCGGCCCCGCUCACCUCCAAGUCCUGGAUGGAGGAUAACGCCUUCCGGACCGAUAAUGGUAACAAUCUGUUGCCUUUUCAGGACCGGAGUAGGCCCUAUGACACUUUUAACUUGCACUCCUUGGAGAACUCCUUAAUGGAUAUGAUAAGGACUGAUCAUGAGCCUCUGAAAGGUAAACACUACCCUCCCAGUGGCCCACCAAUGAGUUUCGCUGAUAUAAUGUGGAGGAAUCAUUUUGCAGGACGCAUGGGAAUAAAUUUUCACCAUCCAGGAACAGAUAACAUUAUGGCUCUUAAUACCAGGAGCUAUGGGCGGAGACGAGGUCGGUCUUCUCUCUUUCCCUUUGAAGACGCCUUCUUGGAUGACAGCCAUGGUGAUCAGGCCUUGUCAUCUGGCUUAAGUUCUCCCACUCGAUGUCAAAAUGGGGAACGAGUAGAACGCUACUCUAGGAAGGUGUUUGUUGGAGGCCUUCCUCCUGACAUCGAUGAAGAUGAGAUCACGGCCAGCUUUCGCAGGUUUGGACCUCUCGUGGUGGACUGGCCUCACAAAGCAGAGAGCAAGUCGUACUUCCCUCCUAAAGGGUAUGCCUUCCUGCUGUUCCAGGAGGAGAGCUCAGUGCAAGCUUUGAUAGACGCCUGCCUAGAGGAGGACGGGAAACUGUACCUGUGUGUGUCCAGCCCCACCAUCAAGGAUAAACCUGUGCAAAUUCGACCAUGGAACCUAAGUGACAGUGACUUUGUAAUGGAUGGUUCUCAGCCUUUGGACCCCAGAAAAACUAUCUUUGUUGGGGGAGUUCCACGACCCCUUCGAGCUGUUGAACUGGCAAUGAUAAUGGACCGUUUGUAUGGUGGUGUAUGCUAUGCUGGCAUUGAUACAGACCCAGAGCUGAAGUACCCCAAAGGUGCUGGGCGUGUUGCAUUCUCCAAUCAGCAGAGUUACAUUGCAGCCAUCAGUGCACGUUUUGUGCAGCUUCAACACAACGACAUUGACAAACGGGUGGAAGUGAAACCAUAUGUGCUGGAUGAUCAGAUGUGUGACGAGUGCCAGGGCACGCGCUGCGGUGGGAAGUUUGCCCCAUUCUUCUGUGCCAACGUCACCUGUCUGCAGUACUACUGUGAAUACUGCUGGGCCAGCAUCCACUCCCGAGCCGGCCGAGAGUUCCACAAACCGCUGGUGAAGGAGGGAGGCGACCGCCCCCGGCACGUCCCAUUCCGCUGGAGCUGAGCCCUGGGCGACCCCGCUACAAGUACUGGAGUAGAUCACAAGGAGGAAGAGAGGGCACUGCCUCAGGGCUCAUGGUGUUCUGGAAAUCUGUGCAUUCGUUCUCGAUUUUUAAAGAAGAAAUGGGUCUUUUUAUUAUUAUUAUUAUUAUCAUUUACAGUCAUAUUACUGAACUCAGCGUCCAGUAUAAUGCAGAAUCGCAGAGUGUGUAACGGUACCCAUUUGCACUUUGACUCACACCGUGUCUGCUUGGUCCCUUGAUUUCUUACACCUGACCUGUCACCUCCACAGUGCGUAGACUGCCAUUCUCAUCAGCGGCCGUCAGGUUGACGGCUGCGACUCUGUGUUUGAUGUUGUGUUGUUGUCGCUCUGAUUGGUCUUGAACUGGAGCACGCGCUUAUUUUCAGAGACUUAGAGAGUCGCCCCUAGGACAAGACUUACCAAAGGCCAUGUGUGUAAGUAGAGGCCGAUAUAGCAAACACUUUACAAUCAGCAAUCAGUAGUGGGGCCACGUAGCGUAAGGAUAGCCCUUAACGAAAAUAAGCCUGUAGUCGCUUUGUACUUUGACGUGUACGGAUACCUCACGAGCCGGAUCUUUAGUUUCUCCUUCAUGUUUGACUUUUGUUUUGCUGAGGAUUUGGGUUAGAUUUUUAGUGUUAUGUAAAUUUAUGCUGCAAUAGCUUUUGCUGCUAUUAAAAUGGUAUUGUUGAUACCAUAAUACUCUAUUCAGGCUAAGGUAUCAAUUAAAAACAAAAACAAGAACCCAACAACACACUUCCAUGGUUUAGGGAUAGAGCCAGCUGCCGGAGGGAGCUCGUAAGAGAGCAGAGAGAGCCAGCGGAGGCCGCCAAUCCUGACUGCAUGUUUACUUAAUGCGGUUGCUGCAUGCAAUAAGUUUUAUAUCAAUGUCUAGUAUAAAACCUUCCCACAAUGCACAAAUUAAGAAUCUAUAUAAGCUAUAAAAUACUCAUGUUUUAAAAGAUUUCUUUUUCAUUCAAAGAAUUGGCAACGUGUGGGAGGAAGGCAUGCCUCAGUGGGUGGAACGCUUAUGGGCUGGAAGAGCCCAUAACGGGACAACCGUUACUACAACCCGUAGAAAACCUAGGUGUAGGACACUCUUCCAGCAAACCUGUGGGUGAUAGAGGAAGUACUUGCGGUGCUCUGUUAUAUACUGUGCAAUUUAUUUUCUAUAGUCAAGUGAUUAUGUCUAACUGUGAUCAAACGUAACUGUCUCAAGCCUCUGUGUCGGACAUUGAUGAACCUGAGCAUUCAUACCUGGCAUAUUACUAAGUAGCCAUGAGCUCUGAGUUAGGACCUCCUAGCGCUCGUACCACUACACGUAGCUCAGACCCUGCCAGGAAGCCAAAGAGCUCAUCUUAGCUUAAAGACACUAAGAGCAGACACACUAUCUAGAAAUACGUCGUCAGAUUGACGGAGGUACAUCUUUAAGAAAGCCACGUCAGGGUGAUGCUAAAGAAAUCUGUCCCAAGCGAGAUGGCCUGGGCCUUCUGUGUGAGACAGUAGCUACUAGUCCCUGGAUUUCCCUGUGAAGCUUGAAUAGAAGGAAGCCUGCUCGCGCUCCUUUAGCAUCACUCCUGGACCACAGAGAGUAACAGAAACACGCACGGUGAUUGCAAGACUCUGUAAAGCUUUUUAAACCUUCUUCCUUUGUUUUGAAUUCUGGGGACAGUCUGCCUGGAUGUGGCUCUGCAGAGUAGAUUUAAGUCACUGUGUUUUUGUGCUGUGAUGUCCUUGUACUGUCUCGAAGUUAGUGUUGCUUGUUUUUGUUGUAGUUUGUUCUUUGUUUUUGUUUUUGUUUUUUUUUCUCUCCAGUGUUUAGUUGUGAAUACUGGCUCUCCAGCUACAGUUUGUUUUCAAAAAAGAAGAAACAAAAUAGUUUUUUACUGAAUUAAAAGAUGCCUAUUAGAACCCUCCCCCUUUGGGGUUUUCUCUGGGCCUUUUGGAAAUAAUUGCUUUUCUGCAGCCCAGAUGUGGUUUGGUUUUAUUUGGUUUGGUUUUAUUUUUUUCUAUGUUUGUGUUUUUUUUUUUUUUCAUCUGUAUGGGAAAUUUUGUUACGCACUACUACUUUUUAUAUUCUAGAACGUUUUCAAAAGUUGGCUGAUGAUUUUUGUUCGUUUGUUUUUAAGGAAAAAGGCAUGCUUUCUGACUGACAUGAUCUUUUGCAAUACCUCAAUUUUGAAAUAUAGGAAAGAAAAUGAUAUUUUCUAAGUAAGUUUAUUCAGAAAAUAUAUAUUAAUUUAAUUCUGCAAGAAAAUGAUUUAACAGAUGGGUAACUUUAUUUUUUUCAUGCUUAUUUGUGUUUUUUGAAAAUGAAGUUAGAGCUUUAUAACUAUAAUAUUAAAGAUCAUAUCUAACCUACAGAAAUCUACCUAAUUAUGUGAAAGAUGCAAAUGUUUGGAAGAAGCACCCCUCUUUCAUGUACUAAAGUAACCCUGAGCCCUAGAGAAGCUGGAGGACGCGCAGCGUAAAGCUAACUGCGAAGGCCGUGGGGGCCGCAGAGGCCAGGCUGAGAGGUUCCACCUGGUGCUGAGGCUGUGGCUAGGCGAUGGAGACUACUUUCCCUUAAUUUGUAUAUUUAUAAUCAAGUGUUGAUUGUGCGACUGACCAGGAUUGUGAAAGAGUUCUUCUGUUUGUAUUUUUUUAAAGAGAACUUUUUUAGUUUAUUAAAUUAUAACAUGUUCCCUUUUGUUUUGUAAAUAAACGUGCCCCCCCCAAGUUCUUAAUGUUAUAUUAAAAGAGAGGGUCCUUCAAAAAACUUAUUUUUUAAAACACAGAGGUGUUCUGCCCUGCAACUUGACUGGGAAGCCCCGGGUAGCACAGGGCCUGCUGUGGCCUCUCCGAGGGACACUUGAACUAGCGGGCUCCGAAGCUGUAACUAACCUCGCCUCUUUGUCGUUACGUGCAAUACUGUUUGUACUGUUUGUAUAAAAAUAGAAAAAAGAAAAGAAAAAAGGCCUAAACCUUUAUUGCAGAUUUAUUUUCAUUGCAGACUUUCGACAUUGUGACUCACAGAGCUCAUUUUCUACUGUCAAAUAUGUACCUUUUCCUCAUGCUGGUAUUUUUUCAAUAGUAACGUAGCCUUUGUACUGAGACAAAUUUUCAUUGUUAUUUUUAGAAAGAUUUUUUGCUAAGAAAAAAUUAAACAUAUUUACAUAUUUUUCAUUUUAUUUCGUAUUUUCUUUAAGGAGUGCUUUCUCAAUCAUUACUAGAGUUGUUUCUGGGAGGGACUUUCAUAUCUGGUCAACGUCAUAAUAUUAUUUUGUAUUUUUACUUGGAAUAAAUUAAUUUUAUGAUGCUAAUUCUUUAAAAGUUUAUUUUUUUCAUUUUCAGUUAUUUUUGAAGCUAAAACCUUUGUAAUAUUGUUACUAAAGUGUCUAGUUUUUUGAACUGCAAAGCUUUAUGUAUCAACUUGCUGAUGUGGUUUACAGUAGUGGCAAGGAUGGAAACGGCUGGUUCUGUGAACGGGACUGUAACGGACAACUGGGCAAUAAAGUGACAGAGUGAGCAGAACGCGCGAGACCCUGACAAGCCUUUUCCUUUAUGACAGUGUUUAGUGUGAGACUAGGGGUGUCACAGUACAGGUCUCUGAGGAUGUCACAGUGGCUUUAUACAACACCAGAUGCAGCCAAAUCUGUGGCCCAAUAACGAAGUCACCCUCCUGAAACAGCGUUGGGUGUGAAGCCUAGCUCGGCCAGCAGUGUCCAGUGCUUUCCCUAAAACUAUGUCGAGCGUGUGUGUGUGUGUGUGUGUGUGUGUGUGUGUGUGCGUGCGCGUGCAUGCGUGCGUGUGUGUGUGUGUGUGUGUGUGUGUGUGUGUGUGUGUGAAUCCACCACCAGCCGCUGUCCAUGUGUGAGCUGGUGCCUUUCCUCCCAAACUUGGACUCACAUGCACAGUGGUGAUGUGUGUGAGAAGACACCUGUGUGUUGCAUGACUUGAGUGCCUCACCUGACACGGGCCCUGGCGGCCCUGGGGGAGCACACAGAAUGCCACCACUGUGUAUGUGUCAGAUGCAUCUUUCUCCCAGUCUGCUCUCUGUCCUGGCGCCCCUUGUUUGCCUUUUCUUGGGGUGAUAUCGGGCCACUCUGCAUGAUCUGCCUUCCUGCUGCUGCUUCUCCGGUCUCCCCCCACGCCCCCUCCACCCUGACUCCCACCCUGGCCUGCACUGUGAAAGCAGCUGUCGAAAGGCGUCUGCAGUCCCCGGACCUCUAUGCAGAGCUGGUGUUGUGUAAACAGAACAUCCAGGGACUCUAGGUAGACGGUGCGUUGCCGCUGGUUGUCGUGGCCUCUUCUCCGCCCGUCCCAGCGAGCGGGGAGGAGGUUAAUCCAUGACUGGGACGAGCGUGUGUCCAGAGUCGGCUCUUGGGUUCGCUCUCUGUAUUCAGUUUUGUAAAUAAUAUAUAGAUUAGAUGAAGUUGUGAUGUAAAAUUUUAACUCAAAUCGGGUCCUAUUGGUUGGAAUUUUACAUUAACCACAAAUACAUGAUUAGGAACAGAAGAAAUUGGGAACUUAUUGUUUAGUGGUAUAGAUUAUGCGUAGAUCUCUGCCUCUAUCUUGUGUUUUGUUGCUUGCUAGUGAGGCAUGGGCUAGUGCAGUGUCCUGCAUUUGUGCAAUUAGCAAAUAACUGCUAGUUUUCCUUUCAUCUAUUACAUUAGCAACAAAGUGGCAUUUAACUGGGUAAAGCUCCUACCCACAUAUUUGAGUAUUGUGACAUCUCAGCUUGCAAGGUUUGAAUGAAAGAUUAGUCACAGAUUAGUGAAAAAAAAAAAAAGUGUCUUUUUGUUAAAACUGGCUCAUUUGUAUGGACCACUCCUCUCUCACUAGUUUGUAUGCUCUGUCUGCUAACAGUUCCUUUUUUCUUUUAUGAUAACCAAACUUGUCAAACUCAGCGGCCAUAGUGUUCCAUCCCACCAGAGUAUUUUAUAAUUGACGCUGUCGACUUUAUACCCCAAAAUGGGUCAAGAGUCCAGGAACGUUGACUUUGUAUGAUUACAGGAGUUCAUUGGGACCCUGAGAGCUGGGGUGCUACCACAGGGGACGUUCUGCUUCUGGACACAGUACUGUUGGGGUAGAAAGCAUUAUGUAUUUGUAUUUUUGCUGUGGAAACGAUGGACGGGACUUUUAGAGUGUUCACAGCUCAGAUCUCUGUAUUCGUUUUUCAACUAAAAACUAAUUUUAACCGUACUGUAUCUUUUCCUACUGUUCUCUUGGAUUGUUUUGCUGGUAACCCUUCCUCGGCUUCCGCCCUGGGGCUUGGACUAAUACUGCUUGUAUGGAUUCGCUACUGUGACUGACCGUGGAGCUCAUGCAGCUAUCGCUUAACUGCUUACACUUCGUAGUUUGGACUUUUUUUCUGUAAUAACAACUUAUUAAAUCUAGUUGUAUGA